GGAGGUUUGAGUUCGCGCUCGCUUAGUAGAGCGGUGUUACGCGGACCGCACGCACGUCAAAUCGCGACACUAAAAAGAACCCAAUUACAAGUUUUAAAAUAGUGCGGGAGACGCGCGCGGGAAAACCGCUUACGAUACAUACAUAAAGUUUUUACGAUUAUUUAUUUUUUAGUGUUUUUUUUUUAAUUAAUAAUAUUAUCAUUGAUAUUAUAACAAUUAGUAGUGAUGAAGGGGCAAGCUAAAAGAUUUGUGGACCACACGGGCAAAGCAUUCAAGAUGAGAACCAGUAAAAAGGAGCCGAGUGAUAAUAUAGGAUUUUUAGAUCUGUGGCGGUACUCGACUCCCCUAGAGAGAACCUGCUCGGUGGCGAGCGCUCUCGUCGCUUGCGCAUGUUCGUGUGCUCUGCUCUGCGCCAUCGUAGUUUAUGGGGAAAUAACGUCGCUAUUCGUCCAGAGGCACAGGGCUACGGCGACUACGCCCCAUGUCUACAUAUUGACCCUCUUCGGAGGUGGGAGGAGAUUAUCUGAAGGCAACCGCACUGGACACAUGGACGCACUCGUCGAGGACUCGAUAGCGUUCGGACUAGCCAGUGUGGCCAUCAUGGCAGCACAGCUCACAACCGCAGCCAUAGCCGUCACGUUAGCUAACUGGGCCGCCAACAGAAUGGUGAGCCGGUUAAGAUGGCGUCUGCUGCGGGCGGUGAUCACUCAAGAAGUGGCUUUCUUCGACACCAACACCAACAUGAACUUCGCGUCAGCGCUGACAGAGGAUAUGGACAAACUGAAAGCCGGCGUAGGCGAGCACGUCGCUAUGACCGCGUUCUUGGGCGGCACCGUCGUACUGGGCGCCGCCCUGUCUCUCACGUACGGCUGGCAGUUGACAUUAGCUGGCCUUAGUGUAGUUCCUGUAUCCAUCAUUGUAGCUGGAGUCGUCGCUAAGUAUCAAACGAAAUGGUCAGCGGAAGAAGUGAAAGCGUACGGAUCAGCCGGCCGCGUCGUGGAAGAAGCUCUCGCGGCCAUCAGGACUGUCCGAGCAUACGCCGGAGAAGAGAAAGAGUUGGAGAGAUACGAGUGGUCCCUGCGGUCGGCGAGUAUAGCGGCGGGUCGCCGCGGGUGGUGGGCGGGCGCGGGGUCGGGCGCGGGGUGGCUGCUCACGUACGCGCUCAACGCGGUCGUGUUCGCGUACGGCGCCGCGCUCUGCGUGCGCGACAUGGACCUGCCGCCCGAGAUGCAGUACUAUCACCCGGGGAUUAUGCUCACCAUCCUGUUCUGCACAUUCAUGGCAGCUCAGAACAUAGCGAUGUGUCAACCUCAUUUAGAGACAUUUUCUACCGCUCGCGGCGCUGCCAAGUCUCUCUUCAAACUGUUAGAAAGAAAGUCUAAGAUCAACGCUUUAGAACAGACCGGACUCAAACCUGAGAAGUUUAAGGGUGACAUCGUGUUCGACAACUUGUACUUCAAUUAUCCGUCGCGGCCUGACGUCAAGGUUCUCCGCGGUCUAACACUACGCGUUCGCGCCGGUGAAACGGUAGCUUUAGUAGGAGGCUCUGGUUGUGGGAAAUCAACAUUACUGCAGCUAUUACAACGACUGUACGACCCCGACUCCGGACAAGUUUACGUCGAUGGACAUCAGUUGCUGAACUUGCAUCUGCACCACUUCAGGACUAGUAUCGGCGUAGUGGGCCAGGAGCCAGUAUUGUUUUCGGGCACAAUACGUGAGAAUAUUGCUUUUGGUGCUGAAGCUUCCGACGCGGAGAUCAUAGCUGCUGCCAAAACUGCCAACGCGCACUCUUUCAUCACCAAACUGGCUAAGGGUUACGACACGAUGUUGGGCAGCAACGGAACCUCUCUAUCGGGGGGCCAAAAGCAGAGGGUUGCUAUAGCGAGGGCUUUGCUAAGGAACCCCAGCAUUCUACUGUUAGAUGAACCCACAUCUGCGCUGGACCCCGCUGCUGAGAGACUGGUGCAAGCAGCUUUAGACGCGGCUAGCAAAGGCCGCACCACUUUAGUGGUAUCCCAUCGUCUUUCCACAAUAGUGAAUGCUACGCGAAUAGUUUACAUGGAACAGGGGGCCGUACUAGAGGAGGGAACCCAUAUGGAACUACUUGAAAAGAAAGGGUUAUAUUGGAAAUUGGUGCAAGACGAUAUGACUCAUAAGAGUGCGAUGGCAGCUUUGAGUGCGGAAGACGAAUUGGACGAUGUCGAAGAAAUACCUAAAGAGACAUUUAGAAGGGCUUCCGUGCAACGACUCUCCACACAUAGAGAGUCCAUGAUCCGAGCUAGCAAACGCAUGGGAUCCAUAUCUUCCAAUCUUCCUGUACCCGACAUCAUACAACAGACGGGAAUCGAACCCGAGGAUGAGGUUGACGAAGUCCCCGACGUUUCCACGUGGCAAUUGUUGAAAUUAAAUGCACCUGAAUGGAAACUAUUGGUCGGAGGAGCUCUGGCUUCGUUGUUGGUUGGAGCUACAAUGCCGACUUUCGCUUUACUAUUGUCCAAGUUAUAUGGGAUGUUCUCGUGGUCAGACAGACAGUUAAUCCUCUCGGAAUCGUUGAAGUACGCGGGAUAUUUCCUGUUGGCCGCGGCUGCUUGCGGCGCCGUAACUUUCCUACAAGCGUGGUUGUUCGCCAAGGCCGGGAUUAAACUAACCGAUAGACUGAGGAAAAUGUGCUUCGGAAACUAUUUGAGACAGGAUCAAGCAUGGUUCGACUCCUCUGCCAAUUCCGUGGGUGCUUUAUGUGCUCGACUCUCUUCAGAUUGUGCCGCUGUACAAGGAGCUACAGGCAGUCGUUUGGGCGCCAUACUGCAGGGUGUCAGUACGAUGAGUAUCGGCGUGACUCUCGCCAUGUUCUACUCGUGGAAGAUGACUCUCGUCAGUCUACUCAGUGUGCCUUGUGUAAUGGGCGGCAUCUGGCUAGAAUCGUGGGUUUCUCGUCGCGCCGAACAAUCCGAACGGAAGUCUUUAGAAAAAGCUUCCAGGUUAGCUACUGAAGCUGUGCUCAAUCUACGGACCGUACAGACUCUGGGUGUGGAACAAACAGUGCUAGACCGCUAUACAUCAUCCCUACAAUCAUCGGAAACAUGCAGUCUCACCGCGUGUGUCCGCGGGCCAGUCUACGGUCUUUGUCUAUGCGCGCCUACUCUAGGAUACGCCGUGUCUCUGGCUUACGGGGGAUAUUUGAUCGCUAGGGAGGAUCUGCCUUACGCUUCUGCUGUUCUAGUGGCGGAGGCACUCAUCUACGGCGCGUGGAUGUUAGCAGAGGCUUUAUCGUUCGCGCCGAACUUCGCGGCUGCCAAACGAUCCGGAGCAAGAAUUAUACGCGCUUUAGACACUCAACCCAGCGUCGUUACUGAGAAUUCUGCGAAAGAGGAACCGGGAUGGACUGCCCAAGGAAACCUAGAAUUCUCCGCGAUAGAGUUCCGUUACCCGACCCGGCCCACAGUCCCAGUGCUGAAGUCCAUCAACCUCCAACUGCGGGCCGGCAAGACAUUAGCUCUGGUGGGGCCUAGUGGGUGCGGCAAGUCUACGCUAGUACAACUACUGCAGCGGGGAUAUGACCCGAUCAGUGGGACUAUUCGUAUAGACGGUCGUGACAUAAAGCGUUCCCUCACGUUGUCCCAGCUUCGAUCCCAACUAGGGCUCGUGCAACAAGAGCCGUCCCUGUUCUCGCGCAGCAUCCGGGACAACAUCGCGUACGGGGACAACACUAGGGACGUCCCCCUCGAGGAGAUCAUAGAUGCCGCCACUAAGGCUAACGUGCAUACUUUCAUCGCGGGACUGCCUUUGGGUUACGACACAGUCUUAGGCGGUGGAGGGGCAUCGCUGUCUGGAGGUCAGAAACAAAGAGUAGCCAUCGCUCGAGCUUUACUAAGACAUCCCAGGAUAUUGCUGCUAGACGAACCGACUUCUGCCCUAGAUGCUAACAGCGAGAAGGUAGUACAAGCAGCUUUAGAAGCGGCAGCAGCAGAUCGCACCACAAUUAUUAUAGCGCACAGACUCGCCACCGUCCGGCAUGCCGACCAAAUAGCCGUCAUACAUCAAGGAGUGGUAGCAGAACUCGGUUCUCACGAUGAAUUAGUUCGAAAACGGGGUCUUUAUUGGGAACUACUCAAACAGCAAGCUCCCGCUGAGGCGACAUAGUUCUACAUAUUAACAUAAUAUUAGUUAAUUUAUCUCAUCUAUAACUAUACGUCCGGACACAUCUCUCGACCCAAUUAGUGUAUAAGUUUCAACGGUCUGUAGCGAAAAUACAUAUUUAUGGUUCAGCAAUAUUUUUAAAAUAAUUAAAAUUGAGUUCAUUCUUCAUUCAUUUCUUAAAGUGCAUUCAAAUAAUUAAAAUUCAUAAUUUUAAAUUGAGCUUCAAAACUGCGUAUAAAUAACUUUUUGCUCAAUGUAACAUUUAUUUUUAGCUAGGAACCACCGAAACAUUAAAUACCCGGUUAUAAUGUGGGCCGUCAGAUGUAUCCGGAAAUAUAUGUAGUUAACUACACUUUAGAUGUAAAACUAUUAAACUUGUAGCUGAACUACACUAUAGUUUAUAAGAGAUUUUAGUAUUAUAGUAGUCGUUUUUAUAACAAAACGUUAAAAUAAAAUCAAGACUUUUUUUAAAUAAUAUGUAUUUGUACCUAUAUUAUGUUUUAUAAUGGUUUUGUGUAUCUGUUUGAGAUGUGUGUCAGGUGUUAGUGAGUGUACUUAGGUACAGUGUUUAGACACUCAUUCAUGCUAGAGAGAGCUAUAAUUUAUUGUGUUCAUUAACGCUCAUAACAUUAUUAAUUAUUUUAAUUUACUUUAAGAAAAAAAUAUCUGAAAAGCACAACUGUAUUUCACAACGACAAACUCUUUGUAAUUUCAUUAGUACUUUAUUUGAGAUUAGGUUGCCCUAACUUUGAUAUAACAUAAAUAUUUAUCACUUUGUCCAAUCAAAUGUUGUUUGUGCUAGUAGGUACUUUUUGUUUUUUUUUUUACAAUAAGUUAAUUUAGAGCUCUAAUUAUAUAACUUCAACACCUUUAACUUACCCACAAAUACUUUGUAAAUGAUAAUCACCAGUAUCGCUUUUGUUUUCAAAAUAAUUGACUUAACAAAAUCGCUAUUUUGACAUAACAAUAAAAAUGUCAACAAACGAAAUUAAUUAUAUUUAAGGGUAUUACAGUUGAAGUCAGAUAAGUCACUCAUCUGAUAGACAUUGAACAAGCACCUAAUUCUUGUUAUUAACAGACAGGCAGUAAAAAGUAUCGUGCUUCAUUUUAAUUAUAAAUGAUUCAUCAAUCUCUGCUUACAUCUGUUAUUUCUAAAAGCAAAAUAGUUAAUUAAAAUAGAAUUGGAAGUCAUGUGUUUUAAUUUAAAAUAUUAAUAAUAAUUUUAAAACCAACAAAAAGCUCUAAGAUAUGUUAUUUAAAUGACUUCAAAACGUAAGGAUUUUAUAAAAAACAUACUUUAAUUCUAAAGAAAAUAUAACUAGAAAAGAAUCCACGCGGACAUGGCAGCAGACCGGACUCGAACCCGCACCCUUAGCUAUCCGGGCGAAUGAACUGACCAGUAAUGCUACCGCUGCACUGACACAAUGUCAAUUGGUCAGUGCCCGGAUAGCGGAGGGUGCGGAUUCGAGUCCCGUCUGCUGCCUGGUUCGCGUGUAAUUUUUUUUAGUUAUAUUUUCUUAAGAUUUAAACAUCAAGCAAUAACAUGCUUAAAAAUCAAAAUUAUAUACUUUAAUUGUUCAUUUUUAGGAUUCCGUAACUCGAAAGGAAAAUAACGGAAAUUAAUUUAAUUAUUUAAAUAAAUACAUAAAUAAGUAAAUUUUAGUUACAUCACAUAUUUUUUUAACAAUUAUUAUAUACCUACAGGUUUGUACGGAACCUUCGGUGCGGUGUACUUUUAUACUGAUAACUGAUUUUAACCUCAUGACUCAAUCAAUCACGUUUAAUUGUUUGUUAAUAUUUUCUGCGUCUUAAUAAAUUAAGCCACCGUUGAAUUCAUAAAAAUUUAAAAAUAAUUAUAUUCAACACAAUUUGUCAUAAAUAAAGAAGCCUAAGAAGACGUGGUUCUGAAAUUCAUUUUUUUUUCUAUUUUCUUUUAUUUUAAUCCUACUUAGUGUUAUCGCUUUUACUUACUUAAAUAUUAUUAGUGUUGUGAUAAUUAUAGAUGGCUUAGUACAAUUUUAUAGAUUUGUAUUUACUCAGAACCAAAUAGAAUUACUGUAAGUAUUAAGUACCUAUUAUAUUAAUUUCUCGAUUUUAAGUUGUCACUAAGAUAAAAUUAUUGUUCUAUGACUGUGAUUAGAUUUAGAUACUUAUUUAAGCUCAUAAAUGGUAGAAUUAAGAUUUAAUUUUAUUUAAAAAAAUUGCUUGAAUUUAACAAACAAAAAUAAAAUGCAAAUAAUUUUGUAUUGAAAAAUCCGAAUUGUGAUAUUAUUAAAGAUUUUCAAAUAAAAAUCCAUUUACUAUGA